GUUUUUGUAAAAAUUUAAUUUUGUAAGGAGAAAGAAGGAAGCUGUUCUUCAUACGUUUCAUUUCUCAGUAUCCAAAACUAACAGAAAUUACGCCUCUCUCUCUCUCUCUCUCUCUCUCUCUCAAACCAAAACCCUAAUUUUCCUUUCCUCGCUUUCUCCAGAAAUCAAGAAAAAAAUAUUUAUCAACGAACAACAUUCUAAUCUUUCUCUCUCUCUCGCUCUGCGUGUGUGUGUCAAUAGUUGUGGCCUCUGUUUGUUUUGCUCUCGCUCUGUUUAUAUAAAAACUCUCUGCUUUCAAACGCAUUGUUUGUGGGAUUGGGAAAUUAUAUUACACUUCAACAGCGGUUAUCGAAACGGUUACGUUUUUGGGGCCCUUUUAAUCAUAAUAAUAACAUAGCGCGCUAGGGUUAGUUUUCUAUUCUCUCCCUUCGCUUUGGCUGUUUCUCUCUCUCUUUUAAAAAAAAACAGAAAAAAAUUAUAAUAAUAAUAAAACUAAAAGAUAUUGUUUGGUUCUGUUCAAACCCUAGAACGCUGUUGCAGUUACAGAGAUAGAUAGAUACAUAGAGAGGUAUGUGUGUGUGUAACUAGGGUUUUUAAUUUUGUGUGUGCACACAUUAUUAUUGUCGGGGCGGGGUGUUGUCACACUCUUGAUUUUAAUCGGAGGCUCCUUAGGGUCUUCCGUUAAAUUUUAGUGUUUGAUGGGCGUCAACUAUUAGUUCUACAAUAUUAGGUAUUGUUUGGCUUUUGUUUCAUUGUAGUUUCUGUGUUUUUUUAAUAAUUAGUUUUGAUUAGGGAUGAGGGUCUAAUUGAGACUGUGUUUGUUUGUUUGUUUAUCUGCAAAUCCAUCUUUAAUUGAAGAUGGAGGCGUAGAGAGAGGGCUUUUUUUUUUCUUCUAAUUCCAUCUUGUUUUAUUUCGAGUCUCACAUCUUUUUCUUCACAUUGCCGUUGUACUGACUUCAAAAUCUACGAAUUGCAAAUCAAUUAGCUGUGUUUUGUUACAUAUAGAACAAACCAAUCCAUAAAUUACGCAAGAAACUCUACUGGGUGUUAUUUCAAUUGAAAAAGUUGGACAAUUAGUGGUGGUGACUGGAGUAGAGUUGGGCAACUAGGGUUAGAAAUAAGAUUGAAGGACUAUAUAUUGUUGUUAAGGGGGAGGGGCUGAAGAAGGUGAGAAUUAUUUUGUUCUUGUUGAAACUGAUGAUGUUAAUUAGUGCUCCUUAUGGAAAGAAGUGAACCCACAUUAGUUCCAGAAUGGUUGAGAAGUUCUGGAAGUGUUCCAGGGGGUGGCAGUUCAGCCCACCAUUUUGCAUCAUCUUCUCCUCAUUCAGAUGUCUCGUCAUCCGUACAUCACAGUAGAAGCAGGAAUUCCAAGAGUACAAGUGAUUUUGAUUCUCCCCGUUCGGCUUUUCUUGACCGGACAUCUUCUUCUAACUCCCGGAGAAGUUCUAGUAAUGGGUCUGCAAAGCAUGCAUACAGUAGCUUUAGUAGAAGUCACCGCGAUAAGGAUCGAGAAAGGGAUAAAGAGAGGUUGAACUUUGGGAACCAUUGGGACAAUGAUGCUUCUGAUCCUUUGGGAAGUAUAUUGUCAAGGAAUGAGAAGGAUGCACUACGACGUUCCCAUUCUAUGGUGUCAAGGAAACUGGGUGAGGUGUUGCCUCGAAGAUUUGCUGCGGAUUUAAGAAAUGGCAGCAACAGCAAUCAUGUGAAUGGCAAUGGAUUAAUUUCAGGAGGUGGUGUUGGUAACAGCAUUCCAAAGGCAGUAUUCGAGAAGGAUUUUCCCUCCCUUGGCAGUGAAGAGAGGCAAGGAGCGCCUGAUAUAGGAAGGGUUUCAUCUCCGGGCUUGAGUACAGCUGUCCAAAGCUUGCCUGUGAGUAGUUCUGCUUUGAUUGGUGGGGAGGGAUGGACCUCAGCUCUAGCAGAGGUGCCUGCUAUUAUAGGAAACAAUAGCAGUGGUUCCUCAUCUAGUGUACAAACUGUUGCUACUUCAGCAUCUGGAGCUCCAAGUACAGUGGCUGGUCUAAAUAUGGCUGAAGCUUUGACUCAGGCUCCAACGAGAACUCGUACUGCUCCGCAGGUAACUGAGGAGUUGUCUGUUCAAACUCAGAGGCUCGAGGAAUUGGCUAUUAAGCAAUCGAGGCAGUUAAUACCGGUGACACCUUCAAUGCCUAAGAGUUCGGUUCUCAAUUCAUCUGACAAAUCAAAGCCCAAAACAGUAGUCAGAUCCAGUGAGAUGAAUAUGGCUCCCAAGAAUCUGCAGCAGCAGCCCUCUUCACUGCAUGCUGUCACUCAAUCUCUAGCCGGGGGUCAUGUGAAAUCUGAUGCAUCAAAAGCAUCUCAUGGGAAGCUAUUUGUUCUCAAACCGGGAUGGGAAAAUGGUGCUUCUCCUUCUCCAAAGGAUAUUGCGAAUCCAAAUAAUGCUGGCAGGGCAGCAAAUAGCCAACUUGCUGCUGCUCCUUCAGUUCCCUCUGCACCGUUGAGGAGCCCAAACAAUCCUAAGCUUUCUGCUGGGGAGCGCAAGUCUGCAAGCUUGAAUUUGAUUUCAGGGUUCAAUGUGGAAAAGAGGCCGCUUCUAUCUCAAACUCAGAGCCGACAUGACUUCUUUAACCUUCUGAAAAAGAAAACCUUAAAAAAUAGUUCUACUGCUCUCACAGAUUCAGCCUCAGCUAUUUCAUCUCCUACCAAUGAGAAAGCUUGUGAAAUAAAUAAGGAAGCAGCCAGUGCUCCUUCAUGUCCUCAGGCUAUUAAGAAUGGCUCUGAGUUGACUGGCAAUGGAGGUACAUGUGAAGAGGUUUCUGAGGAAGAGGCUGCAUUCCUUCGCUCUCUUGGGUGGGAGGAAAAUUCUGGAGAAGAUGAGGGGCUUACAGAGGAGGAGAUCAAUGCUUUUAUUCAGGAGUGCAUGAAAUUGAAGCCCUCCUUGAAAGUCUGCCGAGGGAUGCAGCAAAAGCUGAUUGAAUCUCAUGCAACUGGUUUGGUCAGAGCUUCCUCUGACAGGAGCUCUUCAGACUCUGGAUCGGAGAUGUAGUGGUGUUCCUUUUGACUAGUAGGUCCAAGAAAUUCCAAAUUUUUUUGGCAGAUGGUUAGUUUCAUUUUUUUUUUCUUUUUUUGAAGAAAGCUGAUGAGUUUCAUUUGGAAGGAGGGGGGGUGGAUUUUUGGAUGGAACUCUACAUUUUGCAGAUAGUGCAAUAAGUCACUGGUGCCUCAAUCUUGCCUUCCCAAUUGAGGGGAAUUUUACAUGACAAGGCUGGUUUUUGGGAAAUGGUAGGAUGAGUGGCUAUUUUGUCUUGCAAUAGAAUAUGGUUGGCAAAUUGCAUCUUUUUGGGGGUAUUUGGUACCUCUACUUUUCUUUCUUUUCAAGAGGGUGUGAUUCUACAAGGAAAAGGGCUUCUGGUAAUUGUCAAUUUUACGGAAAAAAAGAAAAGGAAAUCAAAAAGUUUCAUUUUUAGUUUA